AGGAGACAAAUAGCACAGGAAAAGCAGUGCGCGCAGCUCCAGCCGACAGUCGAACGGUGAGGUUUUGAGCGAGUCGCAACAAAAUGCACGGGGCUUCUGCAGCCCACAUGACUUUAUUCUGAACGGAGACAAGUCUGCUCGCUGGGCCGUUCGCUUUUGGGCCAAAAACACGGCUCCGUCGGUGACUUUUGGACCGAUAUUGGCGACCAGAAAACACAAGUGAAAGAGCAUUUGGCCAGCCGGGAGAAGUCGAGCUGGGUGGCUUGAGUCUACAUGGUUCUCAUGUCGCGUUUAAGGCCAGCCCCCUGCACGGUGUGGAGCUUCAAUAGCGCAGAGCAGCGUCUACAGCAAAGUACUCCUCCUCACAGACUACCGUAGUGUUCAGUAAGCGUGUGUGUUUACCGGACCAUGGCAGAAGUCGCACCAGCACCCGCCGCCGCCGCGCCGGCCAAGGCACCCAAGAAGAAGGCAGCGGCCAAGGCCAAGAAAGCGGGACCCAGCGUAGGCGAGCUCAUCGUCAAGGCGGUGUCCGCCUCCAAGGAGAGGAGCGGCGUGUCCCUGGCCGCGCUCAAGAAGAGUCUGGCUGCAGGUGGCUACGACGUGGAGAAGAACAACUCCCGCGUCAAGAUCGCCGUCAAGAGCCUCGUCACCAAGGGCACCCUGGUCCAGACCAAGGGCACAGGUGCCUCCGGCUCCUUCAAGCUAAACAAGAAAGCCGUCGAGGCAAAGAAGCCCGCCAAGAAAGCCGCAGCCCCCAAAGCAAAGAAGGUGGCCGCCAAGAAGCCCGCCGCGGCGAAGAAGCCCAAGAAGGUAGCAGCCAAGAAGGCCGUCGCCGCAAAGAAGUCCCCCAAGAAGGCCAAGAAGCCCGCUACACCCAAAAAGGUCGCCAAGAGCCCAAAGAAAGUGAAGAAGCCCGCCGCAGCGGCCAAGAAGGCGGCCAAGAGCCCCAAAAAGGCUACCAAGGCAGCGAAGCCCAAAGCAGCCAAGCCCAAGGCAGCCAAGGGCAGGAAGGCAGCCCCCAAGAAGAAGUAAACCUAUUCCAAACGGUGUUCGACUCGACACAUGUUGUUACCACAAAAGGCUCUUUUAAGAGCCACCCACCUCUUUCCAUAAAAGCGCAUGUCAUUCCAUGUUCUACCUGUCGUGCAAAAUAAAUGAAAUAACGCACCACAUUUUCCCACUCUGGGUGUGUGCGGCCCGGAGAGAGAGAUAGGGAGAGGCAUAUAAUAACAAUAAUAACCGAGUGGCAAAAUGGCGUACAAUUGUCACUCAAGAGUGCAGCACCAGCCAAUGUUGUGAAGUUUUAGAAUUGCCAUUAAUAAUUCCAAUUGGAGAGGAGGCAGGCUGCUGUGAUGUGUUAAUCGUCAUGCGACCCAUGUUAAUACUAUAGCGUAAGUGUUUCCCAUUUGGAUGAUUUGACUGAUUUGAUUUGUCACAAAUUCGGAG